CAGAAGAGAGCCGAGCAGGCACUUUUCCCAGAGAGGAGAGAAGCAACGGCAACAACCGGCAGCGAAAGAAGCACAGUUUGGAAUCUAGACGGAGAGAGAAUAGAGCUUAUCGCAACUAUGGAGGAGGCAAAAAACAAAGAAAAAACAACCCCUGACAAAAAUGAGGAGAAAGAGAAGCAGCCCGCUGGAAAGGACAAGGAAAAGAAGGAAGAACAGGAGCUGUCAGAGGAAGACAAACAGCUGCAGGAGGAGUUGGAGAUGAUGGUGGAGAGACUCGGCGAGAAAGACACGUCCCUGUACCGCCCGGCUCUGGAGGAGUUGCGUCGCCACAUCCGCUCCUCCACCACCUCCAUGACGUCGGUGCCCAAGCCGCUCAAGUUCCUGCGGCCGCACUAUGCCAAGCUCAAGGAGAUCUAUGACAACAUGGCUGCAGGAGAGAACAGGCGGUUCUGUGCUGACGUGGUGUCUGUCUUGGCGAUGACGAUGAGUGGGGAGAGGGAGUGCCUGAAGUAUCGCCUGCUGGGCUCCCAAGAAGAGCUGGCCUCAUGGGGACACGAAUACGUCAGGCACCUGGCUGGGGAGGUUGCCAAGGAGUGGCAGGAGGUGGAGGAGGGCGAUAAGACCCAGCAGGAGGUGCUGCUGGCUCUGGUGCGCGAGAUCGUCCCCUACAACAUGAAGCACAACGCCGAGCACGAGGCCUGCGACCUCCUCAUGGAGAUAGAACACCUGGACAUGCUGGAACACUACAUCGACGACAACGCAUACGCCAAAGUCUGCCUUUACCUCACCAGCUGUGUGAGCUAUGUUCCUGAGCCGGAGAACUCUGCUCUCCUGAAGUGUGCCCUCAACAUCUUCCGCAAGUUCAACCGCUACCCUGAAGCCCUGCGCCUCGCCCUCAUGCUCAACGACGUGGAGCUGGUGGAGAACAUCUUCACCUCCUGCAAAGAGAUUGUGGUCCAGAAGGAGAUGGCCUUCAUGCUGGGUCGGCACGGGAUGUUUCUGGAGCUGAAUGAGGACGUGGAGGAUUACGAAGACCUCACAGAGAUCAUGUCCAACGUGCAGCUCAACAGCAACUUCCUAGCGCUCGCCAGAGAGCUGGACAUUAUGGAGCCGAAAGUGCCAGAUGACAUCUACAAAACACACCUGGAGAACAACCGGUUUGGUGGCAGUGGUUCCCAGGUGGACUCUGCACGUAUGAACUUGGCGUCCUCGUUUGUCAACGGCUUUGUCAACGCUGCCUUCGGACAGGACAAGCUGCUCACCGAAGACGGAAACAAGUGGCUCUACAAGAACAAGGACCACGGUAUGUUGAGUGCGGCGGCUUCGCUGGGAAUGAUUCUGCUGUGGGAUGUGGAUGGUGGUCUCACACAGAUCGACAAAUACCUCUAUUCUUCUGAAGACUAUAUCAAGUCGGGUGCCCUGCUGGCUUGUGGCAUCGUGAACUCUGGCGUGAGAAACGAGUGUGACCCGGCCCUGGCCCUGCUGUCAGACUACGUCCUGCACAACAGCAACGUCAUGCGUAUAGGAGCCAUCUUCGGGCUGGGCUUGGCGUAUGCUGGCUCUAACCGGGAAGAUGUGCUCUCUCUACUGCUACCAGUUAUGGGCGAUUCCAAAUCCAGCAUGGAGGUGGCUGGCGUGACGGCUCUGGCGUGUGGCAUGAUCGCGGUGGGCUCGUGUAACGGUGACGUGACGUCCACCAUCCUGCAGACCAUCAUGGAGAAGAGCGAGACGGAGCUCAAAGACACAUACGCACGCUGGCUACCCCUAGGACUGGGCCUCAACCACCUCGGUAAGGGUGAGGCCAUUGAGACGACUCUGGCGGCGCUGCAGGUGGUGGCUGAGCCUUUCCGCAGCUUCGCCAACACACUGGUGGACAUCUGUGCAUAUGCAGGUUCAGGUAACGUGUUGAAGGUUCAGCAGCUGCUGCAUAUCUGCAGUGAGCACUACGACACCAAGGACAAAGAAGAGGACAAGGACAAGAGAGACAAGAAGGACAAAGACAAGAAGGACAGCGCACCAGAUAUGGGAUCACACCAGGGUGUAGCAGUGCUUGGUAUCGCGCUGAUCGCCAUGGGAGAGGAGAUCGGAUCGGAGAUGGCCCUCCGCACCUUCGGACACCUGCUGCGGUACGGUGAGCCUGCUCUGCGUCGGGCGGUGCCGCUGGCCCUAGCGCUGAUCUCUGUGUCCAACCCGCGCCUCAACAUCCUGGACACGCUCAGCAAGUUCUCCCACGACGCCGACCCAGAGGUCUCGCACAACUCCAUAUUCGCAAUGGGCAUGGUGGGCAGCGGCACCAACAACGCCCGGCUGGCUGCCAUGCUGAGGCAGCUGGCACAGUACCACGCCAAAGAUCCCAACAACCUCUUCAUGGUCCGACUGGCACAGGGCCUGACUCACCUUGGCAAGGGUACGUUGACGCUGUGUCCGUAUCAUAGCGACCGGCAGCUGCUGAGUCAGGUGGCUGUAGCCGGACUCCUCACCGUGCUCGUCUCAUUCCUCGACGUCAAAAACAUCAUCCUGGGUAAGUCCCACUACGUGCUGUACGGCCUGGUGGCGGCCAUGCAGCCGCGUAUGCUGGUCACCUUCGACGAGGAGCUCCGCCCACUGCCCGUCUCUGUACGGGUGGGACAGGCGGUGGAUGUGGUGGGGCAGGCAGGUAAGCCAAAGUCCAUCACAGGUUUCCAGACCCACACCACGCCGGUGCUGCUGGCCCACGGGGAGCGCGCAGAGCUGGCCACAGAGGAGUACCUCCCAGUCACCCCCAUACUCGAGGGCUUCGUCAUCCUCCGCAAGAACCCCAACUACGAGACCUAAACGCACACACUCACACACACACACACACCCACGUACACGUUUAGGGACCUGUUAUUCUGUACAUGAUGCCUAGAGAUCAUUUCCUUCCCGUCUCCCCUGACCCUUGUCUCUCUCCUUGUCCUCAUUUUGUAAGUAGCGCAUGAAUUGAUAACAAAAAGACAUGACAAGUUAAAUCGGACUGCGCCCCUCCAGUUUAUUAUAUUUUUUUUUUCUCUCUUGUGUUGGUUUUGUUACGUUAACUUCAAAUGGUUGAAAUAAAAAAAGAAAAAUGUGAA